CAGGUCCAAGCGCGAUAUAGAUAAAAACCGAGAGGAGCAGAUUGGAAGACUUCAGGGGAAUAUCUUCACAUGGGAAAAUGGUCCGAUGCGGAUCAUUUAACUGAAUCUCGAUCGUACCUUAGAUAGAAUCCUCCCAGAUACCACCGCCACAGCAAUUGAUUCCAAAAAUGACGAUCGAUCUCACAUAAAGCCGGGAUUGGGAGGGAUUACUUCAUAAUGCGUUAUAGACGCGAGGCCGCUCUUCCAGGUUUUCGGGGCCAGAUCAGCGGCCUCCUUGACAUGCCCAUCUGCCAGAUCCGCUAACUGUGGCAUCUGCAGUCUUUGCCCAGUAAAUACCAACCUUGGCCGUUUGUUUGGCUCGUGAUAACACGAACGGCAAGGGCUUGCCACGUAUGACGUCAGAGCCCAGACCUCCUUUCAAGCAUCGAUAUCAAGGAUAUGGAAGGGCUUAUAUAUAACGAUUGUUCAAUUAGAGUUGAUAAAAAGUAUGCCUUGAGCAGGUUCUGCCUUCUCUUAAAGACCCAUCAUCGACUCAAUUGCUGCCAUCGAGCAAUUCCAUUUAAUACUUGAGAAAGGAUUUUGAGAUAUCUACCUCAAAUGAUCGGUAGACCGCAAGGAAUAUUCCUACAAUGACGACUCAAAAGAAGCCUGGGGGCUACUGGAGCGAGGCCAAUCCCGUCCCUACCAUACAGCAAUUCAUUGCCGAAUUAGAUGCUGGAAAGGCAGAGCGAGACAGGCAAAUUGAUGAGGAGGUUCGCAAGAAAACCACCCCGCAGAAACAGCCCACAGGGGCAGCUGUUCCGCAUAGGAAGCCCGUGCCAAAGACCAAAGCCAAAGGCCGGGUGGUAACUGAUCCAACUACAGGCACGGAGGUGGAAAUUGACGAUGUAGAUGAGAAUUUUAUGAAAGCCGUCAGGGACCCUCAGUUAUCCGUUCCUAAUGCAAACCUUGGGUUGCCAACCUCUGUUCAAACCAAACCGUCGCAAAAACUGGAAGAGUACAAGCAUACUCAGGAUAUCGUAUCUCCACCAGAGCCAAUUGCGGCUGGAACUACGAGCGAUGUGCCCAUCCAUGGGGAAAGAACCAACAUACUAUUUCAUCCAACACCCUCAAUCAGCUAUGAGCCGAUGUUCAAAAUAUUGGAGAAAAGGGCCGGUGUCCUAUGCUCUGUUAUCUUCGUCUCCAUUCUGAUUUCUGGCCGCUUUGCGGGAGGUGAAUUGAAAUGGAUAUUCCCGCUUGCCUGUUGUGUUGCAACGGGGGUAUGGCUCUGGACUUAUGAUGUUAUCCGUCGAGGACGGACAUUUGAAUGGCAUUCAGAAAAGCUCCGUGGACAAACAGCAACUGCAAAUCUCCUUCCAGAGUCCGCAGAAUGGCUGAAUUCGUUUGUUGAGAUAUUUUGGGGCUUGAUCAACCCAGAUAUGUUUGCUACCGUUGCUGACACCAUAGAGGAUGUCAUGCAUGCGUCGUUACCUGGAAUAAUUGAGAACGUCCGAAUAGCUGAAAUAGACCAAGGAUCGAACCCCUUGCGCAUAAUCAGCUUGAGGUCGUUGCCGGAUGGCCAAUGCUCAGAUUUAAUAGAAGGGCUGCGCAGUUAUAAUCUGGAAAACAAAGACGAACAGCAAGCUGCCGCCGAGGAGGAAGGUGGCCAACCUUACAACCUUGAAUGUUCAUUUGCGUAUCAUGCUAAACCUGGUGAAAACACCUCUUCCAGGGCACAAAACAUGCACAUGAUGGUGGUUUUCUAUCUCGGAGUCAAGGGUUUAUUCGGUGUCCCCUUUCCUAUUUUCGUUGAAUUGUCGGAGCUCGUCGGCACCGUUAGGCUUCGUUUGCAACUCUCUCCUGAAGCACCAUUUGCUAAGAGCUUGACAUUCAGCUUGAUGGGAAUGCCACAUAUCCGAGCAGGCUGUACUCCCAUGAUCAAACGAGGAAUCAACAUCCUGAACCUUCCAUUGAUAUCCAACUUUGUCAACUAUGCCAUUGGAGCGGCAGUGAGCAUGUAUGUGGCACCAAAAUCAAUGUCACUUGAUCUUGGUAUGAUGCUUGGAGGCGAUGAUAUCCAAAAGGAUACCAGCGCACUGGGAGUUUUCUGGGUGCGAAUCCACCGUGCCAAGGGCUUAAGCAAGCAAGACAAAAGAGGAAGCAAGGGCGGUGGAAGCGAUCCUUACAUCAACCUGUCGUUUUCGAAGUACGGGAAACCGAUGUAUUGUACCAGGGUUAUUUGCGAUGAUCUCAAUCCAGAAUGGGAAGAGUCUGCAGCUCUUCUUGUGACCCCGGAGCUCAUCAAGGCUGACGAGAAGCUCAGCGUCGAGUUAUGGGAUUCUGAUAGGAGUACUGCCGAUGAUAUCGUGGGUAAAGUUGAGCUGUCUAUGCAAAACUUGCUCCAACACCCUGGAAAGAUGUUCCCUAUUACUUCUAAGCUUCAGGGUAUGGAUGCAGGCACUGAGAUGCCGGGAGAACUUUUUUGGGAAGUAGGAUACUUCCGCAAGCCACAUUUCCGACAUGCUCUUCGCACUGAUGGCAAGGAUGAAACACUCCCUAAGGACUUGAAGGACCAUCCCGCUCUCCAAGAUGAGAAAGGAAAUGUACCCGAGCCCGAGGACGAUGCUGAGGCAGUUACAUGCACUCCUCCUGAUCCUCUUUGGCCGAGUGGUAUAUGCACCAUCGUCAUCCAUCAGGUUGUAAACCUGCAAGUUCAAGAUAUCAAAGGGACUCUCAGAAACCGAAAGGGCAACGAAUAUGAGGCCGCUAGAUCUUAUGGAGAGAGUACUGGAGAGGAAGGAAAGCAAUUUCCAACCAGCUACUGCACUAUCCACAUGAACGAUGAGCCAAUAUUCCGCACCCGGGCCAAGGCAGUGUCCAGUAAGCCCAUAUUUAACGCUGGAACGGAGAGGUUCGUUCGGGAUUGGAGAUCAGCUAUGGUCACCAUUGCUGUUCGUGAUCAAAGAAACCGGGAACAUGAUCCGAUUCUGGGUAUUGUUCCCCUUAAGCUCUCCGAUAUCCUCCAGGCUAGCUCUCAAGUCACUAGAUGGUAUCCCCUUGAUGGCGGUAUUGGCUUUGGACGUAUUCGGAUAUCCCUCCUAUUCCGCAGUGUUGAGAUUAGGCUCCCGCCGAAGCUACUUGGAUAUGAUGUCGGUACCUUCAGCAUCACAUCAAACAAAAUAAUACUAAAAAACUGCGCGUCCCGCGGUAAGAUGAAGAUCAGAACCAGUGGAGUUCAUUAUUCGGUACCCCGUUCUGCGUGGAAACCGGACUCCAUAGAGGAAGAUGGAGGUUUCUUCGACCUAACAUCCGACUUGAAGGAGGAAGUCAUAUUGCCCACCAAACAUCGCUAUCGGUCUGCCAUAAUAUUCGAAGUUCAACAUAGCUCCGGCACCGCCUACGCCAUUGUGUGGCUCCAGAACCUUGUUGACAACGAAGAAACGCCCGUCGACUUACCUAUCUGGACAGCUAAAAAUGCCUCGCGACUAGUUCAGAACUACAUGACAGAAGAGAACUGGGAAGAAGCCAAAAAAAGUCCUGGUUUGGAAGACCUUGAGAUGGUUGGACGAAUCCAGUUCAGCUGUCGUUUCACCCCUGGUUUCCAUCUGACCCAUGAGAAGCUCAUCAAUAACAAUGAUUCCAGGGAAGCCUUUGAAACAUGGGAAGCGAGUGUAUCUGAAGGCGUACGGGGAGAGAUCCGCUCAGAGGUCCCUCCAACGGUGCAGAGGUUACAUGAGAAGUCCCUUGUCCAGGAACGGGAUAUCCUCCGUCAAGCCAGCGCCAAACUCCGGAGGCCUAGAUCGAAGGACCGCAACUUAUCCUCAAUUGACGAUAUUAUCCGACAAUCGAUGACAGGAAACACCAGCUCUCGUAUCGAGGGGAGCGCAGCAUCUGAAGGCCAACACGAGAACCAGAGUAGGAAUCAAUCUCGUCCAACAACAGCCGGAAGCGCAAAUGCAAAUGCAAAUGCAAACACAAAUGCAGAUGCAGGUGUAACCGCAAAUAGAACCGUUCCAGUACCCAUGACGGCGGGCGGAGAUGGCAUGCCUGAAAGCCACAAUAAUCCUCAGAUGAUGGACUACGCCAACGGCCCUACCACUGAAGUGGUUGAUAGACCCCUCGGAGAAAGAGAAACAGCUGGAGCUGAGGCCACCGGUGGUGGAGCUAUGGCUUCUCAUGAAUAUGAUCUAGAAGAUGGUAGGGUAGAUGGCCAUGGCGAGAACGACGAAAACGAUGGCAAUACCGACGCUGCGCUUGCUGACGGGGUCCUCUCAGAAUCAAGCCACGAAACAACGGAGGAGAGGAGAGAACGAAUUGGCAACAAAGAGAACCGACGCAGCGAAUGGCGAAAGCAUCGUGGCGUGAUGCAAUGGCGCCCAGCUCGUAAUGCCGCCUUCGUCAAACACGAAGCUUCGUUUGCGAUGAAGAAGGUGAAGGACAAGCUUAUGGGCGACAUGACGGGCCGCGAGCCAGAUAUUCGAACCGAAGUCGGCUGA